AUGCCUCCAAUACGCAGGUAUUUGCGCAUCACGAAGUACUCGGUGCUAGAAUGCCGCAUUUACCUCGAUAACCCAGCGCUGGCACAGAGCUGGUUACUCAAUCCCCGCGACCCAGUGCUUCCCCGCAUCAUCCAGUCAAUCCAGCCCCUAGUACUCCCGAAGCUGAGAGAAGAAAGAGAACGGGCUUUAAAAAGAGGCACGAAAAAGAAGGCUGUCAAAGACAUAAUCACCGGCGAGGAUUUUGAAGUUGCCAUGUUUCUCAUGGAAACCGCCACGAGGCAUUCUAUCCUGAUGAAGCAUAAGCACUUCCGGGACAAGGUUCCCAAACGGCUCCAGUCCAACUCCAGCAAGCUCAUGGGUGAGACGAGAGAGGAGGCAAUAGACAUAGACAAUGCCCCCGAUGAGCCCGUACCAUUGAGAGAGGAAGAUGAUGAGGACGCGUUUGAUCUCGGAAACAUACCUCAGGCUCCCGGUCUACAGCAUUCUAGGAAAAGGCAUCGCGCUAGAGGGGAAGAGUCUGGUUCUGACUUUGACGCCUCCGGAACUGGGAGCGAAGAUGACGACGCCGAUGAUGGCGACGACGUGCAAGAAAUACGGUCCGAUUCAGAAUCGGCACCUCCUACUAAACGCGCCAGACAAAAUACCCUCCUCGGGGACCAAGAUCCGGACGACAAGAAGAAGAUGGCCAUGGACAUCUCGUACGAAGGUUUCGCGCUAUACGGCAUGGUGCUCUGCCUCGUCGUCAAGAGACGGGAAACCGGCACGAGGGUUAGCAGCGCUAGAAGCGCCGCACCAGCGGCCGCGAGUACCAGUCAGCAAGGGGGUAGCCAUUCCAUGAUGGAGAACUGGAUUAGCUCAACGCAAAUGCCAGCCGGCAUGGGCGACGACGCAGAAGGGGUCCAGUAG